AUGUCACAGGGAGACAACGCUCGAGCAAACAGCAGCGAAAGAGCCGGAAGCGAGCCUGUCAGCCGCAGCGCAAAGUGCGCCACGGCUGCCACCGUAGUCCGCUCGGCAGCCGGGUCGGAGCCGGAUCUGACGCGAGUUCUCGAGGAUGGUCACUGCUCUACGGUGAAUCAAGAGGUUUACACAUGUGCCGUUUGUGAAGAACCAGCUCGUGGAUUCCAUUUUGGCGCAUUCACCUGUGAAGGAUGCAAGUCGUUCUUCGGCCGGACAUGCCUCAGGAAAAAUCACGAACGCUUCGAGUGCAAGAAUGCUGGCCGUUGCGAUGUCAUUGGGGCAAAUCGAACUUCCUGCAAGGCCUGUCGUUACAAGCGAUGCGUCAGCGUCGGUAUGUCACCACUAAAUUCGCGCUUCGGUCGGCGCUCGAAAUAUUUCAAAGUGUCGAUGUCUGGAGCACAGAAGCAAUCAACAUGUGCUCUACCGGUCCUACAACCUGGUGCUGCAGUACCUUUCCCAGCCCCGGUCAUCUAUCCCUUUUUUAUAUCGAAUCUGCUUCGUAUCUAUGCAUUGUAUCACAAUGAUCUAUGUUCUUCUCAUAGUCUCUAG